AUAAAAAUGAUCUUGAAGCGUAAAAUAAGAGAUUAACAACGUCAUCUUGCUAAAAUGAACCGCAUUGCGUAUGUUUAGAUCAGACAUUUCUCUGUACACCGUCUCUGAAACAAGUCGGUGUAAUAAUAAAUGUAAAAGAAGUCUCUUCAAUGAGAUUCAAUUACUCACCGAUUUCAAUAUCUCUUAAAAGAAGAUUACUAAUGGCUACAACUCCAACAUCCCCGACACCCAAUUCAUCAUCGAUUUCUAACUUAAUUGAUUCAAAUUCAUCCUUCGGAGGAUCACAAAGACUUAGAAUCUUAGCUCAGCAACUUCGUCUUUAUAAACCACCACCAUCACAUACAGAGAAUGAUGAAAUUGAUGAACAAAAAAGAGAAGAAAGUGGUGGUAAAGUCGUUUCUCAAUUAGGUUUUGCACAAUCUGCAACACCAAUUGCCGAUCCAGAACGAUUUACAUGUAAAAAAGCUGCAGUUCUUGUUUGUUUGUUUGAAGAUAAUGUUGGAGGUCUCAGGGUUAUUCUUACUAAACGUUCUACAAGACUUUCUUCUCAUUCAGGUGAAGUAGCUUUACCAGGAGGAAAAGCAGAUGAAGGAGAUGCAAAUGAUGAAGAGACGGCGACUAGAGAAGCUAAUGAAGAGAUUGGAUUAGAUCCUUCACUUGUUAAUAUUGUUACUGUGCUUGAACCUUUCUUAUCUAAGCAUCUCAUGAGAGUGGUUCCGGUAAUUGGCAUUCUUUCUGACCAACAAGCAUUUACGCCCAUACCAAAUCCUGCAGAAGUUGAAGAAAUUUUUGAUGCUCCAUUGGAGAUGUUUCUUAAGGACGAAAAUCGAACAUCAGAGGAGAGAGAAUGGUUGGGAGAUAAAUAUCUGAUCCAUUUUUUCGAUUACAAAGCAGAGAACAAGGAAUUUGUCAUUUGGGGUUUAACUGCAGGUAUCUUGAUUCGAGCUGCAUCCGUUGUAUAUGGCCAGCCACCAUCCUUCGUGGAGCAGACGCCUAAAUUUUGGGUUCCUAAAUAUGUUAAAAAAGGAACCACCAUGAGAUGAACACAUACAUUACCAUGCAGGUGGCUGUAUAUUUUUUGCUGUUUUUAAAAUUCAUGGAAGUCUGCGGACUAUCUUAUUGACGAUACUUGUAACAGUUGCUACUUAUAGUAUAUAUAAAAGCAAGAAAGGAAUCCCAAAUUGUUUUCUCGAUUGUAAA